AUGUCUAAAAUACCAAGCCAGCAGGUGAUCAUUGUCGGAAUCGACGCAAAUGCGAAGAUGGGACACGAACAGCAAUCCGAUGUGCAAGGAAAAUGGUACUAUGCAGCGGAGCACACGUCGGACAACGGUGACCGUCUGGUCGACUUGUGCGAACAGACGGGCCUCAUCAUCGCUUCCACAUUUAAGAGGAAUCGCCAUCAGCUCACGUGGCAGGGGUCAACCCUUUUAACGCCUAAAGAGCAGCGCAAGCGGAAGAUGAGGACUCUUAAGCUUCAGCUCGACUACGUUCUGGCGAGGAACAUUCCUCAGUCAGAUAUCCGAAAGUCUAGAGCUGUUUGGGACGUCGCGUUCGACUCUGACUACCGUCCAGUUCUUCUCAGCUUCAAGAUACGGUUCCACAAGAGAAACUGA